GCAGUUUAUGAGGCAUUUAGGGAAGGGUCCUCCCCACCAUCCUCCACCCCACGGUGGGAGGCCGGGGCUUCAGCGGGUCUAACGUAGUGCAGGGGUCGGAGGCCUGGGAAGGCGGAUAAACAGUGUGCCGCCGAUUAAGGAAAGGAAGCUGGGAGACGUUGACUUUAUUCGAACCACAUGGUUCCAGUUUGUGGUGGCAUUUUCGCCGCAGCUGUAAGCGACGCUGCGCCUGCCCCGUCUGGAUGCGAGUCUAAGUCCGGCUUGUCGCCCACUGGACCUGGGCGGCCGCGGGCCCCGCGGAGCGAGACCACCUGUGAGGGCUGCCGAGAUUGGCGGAGGCGGUCAUGUGGGCGGUCACGUGCUGCGGCGAGCUCCGUCCAAAAGAAAAUGGGGUUUGGUGUAAAUCUGGGGGUGUAAUGUUAUCAUAUAUCACGCUACCUCGUAAAACCGACACUGAAAGCUGCCGGACAACAAAUCACAGGUCAAAAUUAUGAGUUCUUCGUAUUAUGUGAACGCGCUUUUUAGCAAAUAUACGGCGGGGGCUUCUCUGUUCCAAAAUGCCGAGCCGACUUCUUGCUCCUUUGCGCCCAACUCGCAGAGAAGCGGCUACGCGGCGGGCGCCGGCGCCUUCGCCUCCACGGUGCCGGGCUUGUACAAUGUCAACAGCCCCCUCUAUCAGAGCCCCUUUGCGUCCGGCUACGGCCUGGGCGCCGACGCCUACGGCAACCUGCCCUGCGCCUCCUACGACCAAAACAUCCCCGGGCUCUGCAGUGACCUCGCCAAAGGCGCCUGCGACAAGGCGGACGAGGGCGCGCUGCACGGCCCGGCCGAGGCCAAUUUCCGCAUCUACCCCUGGAUGCGGUCCUCAGGGCCGGACAGGAAGCGGGGCCGCCAGACCUACACGCGCUACCAGACGCUGGAGCUGGAGAAGGAGUUCCACUUCAACCGCUACCUGACGCGGCGCCGCCGCAUCGAGAUCGCCCACGCGCUCUGCCUGACCGAGCGCCAGAUCAAGAUCUGGUUCCAGAACCGCCGCAUGAAGUGGAAGAAAGAGCAUAAGGACGAAGGUCCAGCUGCCGCUGCAGCCCCCGAGGGCGCCGUGCCCUCUGCCGCCACUGCAGCCGCCGCCGCCGCCGCCGCCAAGGCCGACGACGACGACGAUGAGGAAGAGGAGGAUGACGAUGAGGAGGAGUGAGGGGCCGAGCCAAGGCCCUCGCUGCAGCGGACAGUCGGAAGCGCGUCUUCAAGAGACUCACUGGUUUUAUUUACGAAAAUGGGAAAAAGAAAAAGAAAAUGUAAAAAAAAAAAAAAAAAAAAAUCCCAGUCCCUGACCCGCACUCCACCCACCCCAUCACCUACUCUGGCUCCCAACUCUUCUGGAU